UCUGACGAACUACCAACAAAGCAGGAAAUGUAGCUGAAACAUCCAGGAAGGCAGUUUAGUCGCUGAAAAAUCAGCCAUGUACUGUUUAUGUAACGGUAUACAAACUUUAUUAAGGCUGUGGAUGGUCUGCGUAUCCUUAUUCAUAAACCAUGGAUUCGCUGGUAAAAUGAAGAUAGUCGAGGAGCCAAACACAUUUGGUUUGAAUAAUCCUUUUCUGGCUCAGGGAAGCAGAUUGCAGCCUAAAGUGACUCCGUUUCCAGUAUCUGGCCCUGCACAUCUUCAUCAGCUUGCUGGAAAGUGCUUCAGUUUCACAGAGUCAACAUAUAGAUAUGAGUUCUGUCCAUUUCACAACAUCACACAACAUGAGCAGUCAUUUCGGUGGAAUGCCUACAGUGGGAUACUAGGGAUCUGGCAGGAGUGGGAAAUAGCAAACAACACUUUCACAGGCAUGUGGAUGAGAGACGGGGAUACUUGUGGAACCAGAAACAGGGAGACAAAGGUGAUUCUUGUCUGCAGUACGAGCAGCAAGCUUGCCCAAGUCUCAGAGCCCAGUACUUGUGUGUACUCACUAACCUUUGAGACCCCACUUGUUUGCCAUCCACAUUCUCUUUUAGUGUACCCAACACUGAGUGAGAAGCUGCAAAGGGAAUGGGAUGAAGCUGAGCAGGCUCGCUAUGAAGGCCUUAUUACUGAGCAGGGAUACAGCAAUCUUCUGAGGGAUAUUUUUGGGGAUGCUGGUCUCCUGAAGAGCCAGAAAGUGAAGAUAAAGCUGCCAGAAGUUGCAGUUGAUUCAGAAACACACAACUCUUUACAGAAAUGUACAGAGAAUUUCCAAAAACAGAGAGAAGAGAUUGAGAGACUGCGUGCUCUCCUCACUCAACAUAAUAUUUCUUUUGAUUCAAAUCAAAAUGAAGCAAAAGGCACAGUGAGUGUAACAGUUAAGGAUAAACACCUUAGGGGGGACAACGGCCUCAUUGAUCUGCAGUGAAAAUCUCCCAGAGCAAGUCACCUUCUCCAUUUCAAAGCACCUGACUGGAUCUGAAGAUUUUGUUGGUCACUGUGAGUGACACAGACAUUCGUUGGACAGUAUUGCCAUCACCAGUGACACUGAGAAACUGAACUCAUUUGUGGAUUACACUUUUUACAGGCAUUGGGACACUUAGCUGGCUCUCUCCAGGAGAAAGGAUAAUCUUGCUAAUAAAUCACAUUCUGUAAACAUGUUGAGAAAUAAAAAUGGUUUUAAAAAUUA